UGUUCACAUUCGAAAAUGAAAUUUCAUCGGUUGAAUCUCUUUAAAAGAAUCAUCGUAACAAUUUUGGGAAUCUUUUUCAUCGUUGUCGUUGUGUUCCGUCGUCGUGGAACUCUUCCACCGUCACUGUCGUCCAUCAACUUCAAUUCGAUUAGAGAUGAUCUUCCUGCUGAGACGUCAGAAGAGGUUAACGUGAAACGUAAAAUCGUUUUGUACUGGAACACGUUCUAUAACCAAACAGACAUGACAUUCGGUUUUGGCCAACAACCGUUCAUCGACGCUGGAUGUCAAAUAACUAAUUGCAUCGCAACCAACGAUAGAAGUUUAUUCAGUCAAAGCGACGGUGUCAUCAUUCACGCCGGUGAUUACCAGGAACGCGAUCUACCAACGCAUCGUUUGCCUCAUCAGAGAUUUAUUAUGUUGCUGUUUGAAACUCUUCCCGGCGGACAUCAACUGCCGUUCUUUUCGCGUCCACAUUUCUACAAUUGGACGAUGACCCAUCGAAGGGAUUCAGACAUUUACCUGAGCAAAUCGUACGGUGCACUGAGACGACGUCGCAAUGCCGAGACCAUCAACCAACUGCCUCCCAAGUUGAAACCCGGCCAAACGUUGCCUAAACCGAGAGACUUAUUCACACGAACAUAUCCGGAAUUGGCAAACAGAACGAAAUUGAUUGCCUGGUUCAAUUCGCAUUGCCCGACGCACAGCCAACGUGAGGAUUACGUCAAGAGAUUAGCCGAGUUCAUCCCGGUCGAUAUUUACGGCAAGUGUGGGACGUUGGAAUGUUUGCCUUACAACGAUCCUCGAUGCGACACACGUAUCCUCGUUAAUUACAGGUUUUAUUUAGCCGCAGAGAAUUCCCUGUGUCCGGAUUACGUCACUGAAAAGUUUUAUCGUGCCUUGAUGAACGACAUCGUGCCCGUGGUGUUUGGCGGGGCCGAUUACAGCCAGUACGCCCCGCCCAAUUCUUACGUGAACAUUGCCGAUUUCCAAUCACCGAAGGAGUUGGCUGAAUAUUUGAUGUUGCUGGCCAAAAACGAUGCUCUUUACAACAAGUAUUUCGAUUGGAAGAAAGAUUACGAAGUGAUACGAAAACCACUGAACGGUUGGUGCGACUUGUGCGAGAAAUUGAACGAUCCAACUGUCGAAAGCAAAAGUUAUGAAAGUGUUGCCAAGUGGUGGUAUGAUGAAACUCCUUGUUUGGCAGGCUCAUCUUACAUCAAGUCAAUGUUUCAAACUGUGAAAUAA